GUUGUUGAAUAACCUUUAUUGACACCGUGUCAGUGAAGUGGUCCAGCAUGGGGGCAAAAGUGGCGCGGAUGUUCCGAAACUACAACAUAGAGAACCGGGCACUUCGGGAAAUCUCCAAGGAGAAGCCGCGCGCGGCGCCCCGACACGCGACCGGKCCGCCGCCGAACUCGGUCGGCCCCGAGGUGGUGAAGCAGAAGAACCAGCCGUUACUGGACCACCUCCGGACCGUGUAUGUGGAGUCCAGAGACCCGGCAGAGACGCCACAGGAAGUGAGGGUGAGCACAGUGUCUGAGCGCAGGCCCACCAGGUUCAGUUUUCCUGUCAACACAUCAGGUGUAACGGAGCUCACGGACGUCCCGACAGGUAAACUGACCCUGGUCGAGGCCCUCAGGGCCCUGGGCAAUCACCAGCACCAGCCUCAGACCUGGACCCCUCAGAAGAUCUCUCAGGAGUACUCUCUGGACCUGAAGGAGGUCACGGCGGUCCUGCGGUUCUUCAUCCCGUUCCACGUGGAGAUCACACAUCCUAAGGGCAGAGCUGCCAAACGGAUCAAGGGCUGAAAACACCUGUGGAGCCGGCUCUUCAUCAUCGUCUUCAUCUAAGGUUCUGGGUCUGUGAGCCACCAGGACCAGAGCUCUGCUCCUUCUUUAACCUGAACGAUUUAAAACAAACUCAUGAAUCAAUAAUUCAACUUCAACACAGAACCGAAGAAGAAUUUAGUCCAUUUUUUAUAUUUUUGUCUGAUAGAAAAGUGUCCCAUUCUAAUAAAAACUGUUUUCUGGACAAAACAAAUCAUAUUAUUAUAUGAUUGGUGAAAACAUCCGCAGUAUAAGACAAAAUAAAAACUUUACUCUGUGUCAAAAGUGUAAAUAAAUACAUUAAAAUAUGAUAUGAACUCCAGCUGCAA